AUGAGUGGAAUAAAACAAACAGAUAUGUUAGUAGUAAAAUGUAACAUACAAGAUGAAAUGCAAGGUUAUGUGAAAACGCUUGUACAAAAAGCUCUAAAUCGAUAUCAAGAUGAAAGAGAACUUGCUACUUUCAUCAAGAUCAGAUUUGAUUCACAUUAUCAAAAAUACUGGCAGUGUAUUGUUGGAAAACACUUUGAUUGUUCUUUAGAAUUCGAACAAGCACAAUACAUUCUUUUACGCGCAAAGGACAUAUUUGUUCUACUGUUCAGAUAUAAUUGAAUCAAAUGCUUAAAAAUGAAGCCCAUUCAAUAUUCGGAUCAAUGAAACUUAAUUUGUCAGAUGUCACAAUCAGUAUACAUUGAAAAUUUUCAAAUUACUCAGAGUUAAAACUUUAUAUUUUAUCUGUCACUUGUCAUUUAUCACCUUCGUUGGAAAUUUC